UUAAAAUAUGAAUUAACCUGGAAAAUCUAUCCUAAUGUGAAAAUGUGGAAAGUUUUAAGUCGAGCCACUGUUUUACGAACAAUUAAUUAUGAAUCAUUAAUUUUGGCAAGAAAUUAUUUAUCCGAAGCAUAUUAUUGUAAUGAAGUGUGGAAUCAUCGUUUAAAAUCACCACUUUUUCAACGAGUAAAUUUAGAUGAAUUAUUCUAUGAACUCGAUCAAAAAUUUCAAAAUACGAAGAAUAUCAGUGCCGUAGAUGUAGACAUAUUUGCAAAUGCAAUCACUAACAGCGAAGAACAUUGUAAUGAAUUGCGUGAUUUAGUACAUAAAUUACGACUUAGUGCUGACUGUAAAAACAUGUUAAAAUCAACAUCACAUGCUGUCACUCGACUCUUUUUAAAUUUAUCUAAGUCCCAAGAAUUGUUAGAAAUGAUUGAUGAUCGCUUAAAUUAUGGCUUAUUUCUUGAAGCGUAUGACGCUAAUAUUUUAAUGAAUUCGUUCAUCAAAAGUAAAGAAUAUGCAUCGGCUGCCAGAGUUGCUACACAAUUAAUGCUGCAAGAAGAUUUUAGCCAUGACUUAGCAACGAAAUUAUCAGCCUUAAGUUGCAUACUAUAUUUAAAAAAUCCUACUGGAUGGCCUGAAGAACCUCCACCGGAGCCAGAACCUAAAGAGAAAACAAAAGUUCGUGUUAAAUAUUUGCGAAAUCCAUAUUUUGAUGACCAUUUCGAUUUACGUAAACCUGAACAUCUUGUUGGUAAAACAUUAGUAAUGAUUGGUUCAAAAGGAGAUUCAAAUUUUGAAAAUAGCUUACGUGUCUUGGGCUUAACCUUAUACGAAAAAACUGAAAAAGCCAAUGAAUUAAUAACAAAACUUAAAAAUGAAAACAAAAAUAUUUUUAAAGAAGUUUUGGAAUUAUUAACUGAGGGACCAAUUAAAGACACGUUAUUAAAUUCUGGAAUAGCAAGUUUUGAUGGAAAUCUUCAAAAUGAAGCUGAAAAAUUGGUUCGAAAUAGUGUUGAAAGUAAUAGUGAACGCGAUAUUAAUAUACAAUCUGAACUGUAUCAAAAAUGGGAACAAGAACGUUUAAAUUCAUUAGAAGAACAACGAAUACGAUUAGAAAAAAUACAAAAGCUACAAAAUAUUGAAGAUAUUCGAAAAGAAUUGGAAGAAAAAGAACGAAAAUUAUGGUAUUUUGAAAAUGAGGAAAAACUUGAAUUACAAAUUGAUGCAAAUAAAAUUUAUUAUCGUAAACGAUGGUUUGGUAAAAAGAAGAAACCAAGAAAAAUUGAUGAAGGAUAUGUACCACCGGAAGUAAUUACAAGAAAGGGUUAAAACGAUAAAAAUUUUUUUAUAUU